ACACAAUUAUUUCCAUCCACAUACUCCUUUUCUGAACAAUUGUGUACACAGGACAUGUUUGAUUUAAAAUAGGUUUUUGAACAAGAGGAAACACAUAUUUUAUUUUCAACAAAUGGGGAAUUGAUUGGACACAUUUCGACACACAGAUUAUCGUUAAUGUAAGGCUUAUUUGGAGGACAUUCAAUUACGCAAUUAUCGUCGUAUUGGAUAGUGAAGGCUGGACAAGACUUUAAACAUCUCAGUUUGUAACAAACACCAAGAGGAUUUUUACAUCGAUUGAUUGGACAGGGUUCAUCUACAGGAAGUGUUCCAUUUUUACAAUAUCUUAUGUUCCUGUUCCUAUGUUCUGUAUAUCCCCGAGGACAUCUCGUGAUACAGGAGCUUCCCAAAAUCAAAGGGUUGGUUUGGGAACAUUUUUCUGUGCAGAUGUCGUUAGACCAGUAUUCCUCAUGCAACGUGUCCUCUGGACAUUGUACGCACAUGCCCUUAUAUAUUCCCGAUGGAUAUCUGCACCCCCAUUGAAUAUAUGUAAAGCGAUGGAUAAUCUUGGAUAUGAAGACAUUGAAUUACAAGAAUAUCCUGUAGGAGUACCUUUGCCUUAUGGAAAGGAGUAUCAUAUAUUCUUAUCAUACAGUAGCCUGGAUAGAGAGUAUGCGUUUGAACUGAUAGAUUCACUGCAGAACAGAUUUGGACUGAAAUGUCUAACAUAUGAAGAUACCCCUGCUGGAGGACAAGUGAUUACCAACGUCAUAAAUGGAAUGGAAAAGAGUAUGAAAAUAGUUUACCUUGUCAGUAAUUCAUUCAAAGAAAGUAUUAUGUGUCAAAUGGAAGUUGCCAAUGGGAUUUUUGCUGCACACAGCAGUGCCCAGAACUGCAUUAUUCCUGUUCUACUUGAUGCACCAAUGCCGAGAGAAUUACAAACCUUCAAUUAUAUUGAUGCUAGAAAUAAAAAUUUAUGUGUAGUGGAGAAAAUAUUUCAUGCUUUCAAGUAUGGAGCUUCUCAAAACUGUAUUUUGCCAAAUGUUCUUUUACCAUUUGACGACUGCUGCAAUGGGUCGGUUUUACAAACAAUUUCAGGCACAGUUAAAAAUUGUUUAUUUGAGAAACUAGAGUUCAAGAAUGAGGAAAAUUUGUUCAUUGAUGUUAAGGACGAAGAGCGUUUAGAAAAGAUAAACCGAAUUUCCCAGGAAGUGGUUACGCUUUUGAAUUCUUGUAAAUACUGCACUAAAUUCUAUCUGAAAAGCAUACGGUUUUGGAUAAUAUUUUCGAUUCUUCUUUAUAUAAGUGCAGUAGGAGUCUUUUUGCUCUUUUUUAUGCUGUAUUUGUCAACGAAAGAUCCAAUACCUAGAGAUUCCAUUGGUACAGUUUAUGCGGUGUUUCUUCCAGUGAUGAUUUUAGUACCAUCGCCAGUUCUUUAUUUUGCAUCUCUUUAUAGAAUUACGCUUCACGUGAAAGCAUUCAAUGUCUUGCAUAAAAUCAUUCGGAAAACAUACAGUGAUACCAAAGUUCUUCCUUUAUUGAGAAAUGCACAAACUAUUGUGAUAUUACAUUACGAUACAGAUCCAUGCAAGGAUUUUAUUUCCCAUGUAUUGAAGCAAAAAUAUCCACACAAGUCUGAAGAUGAAAUUCAGGGAAAAGCUGAGGAUCUUUUAUUGGACAAAAUAUUUGAAAUGCAUCAUAGUAUUGCAGAAUGGAAGUUAUUACCUUUGUUUACAUAUAACAGACAUAAUACAUUCAUGCAGAGGAAAUGUCUGUGUCAAUUAAUUGAGCCAGAUAUCAUAAACUUACACACUUAG